AUGAAACUGCUGUGGAGAGCGAAAAUGACCACAUUUCAGGAUGGGGGUGAAGAGGUAGAAGAUGGAGCUGUCUACAAUGUCACCCUUAAAAAAGUGCAGAUUCAGCAGGCUGCCAACAAAGGAGCAAGGUGGCUGGGGGGUGAAGGAGACCAGUUACCCCCAGAGCACACUGUCAGACAGUAUGAAACAUCUAAGAUCAGGGCUAUAAAAGCUGGAACUUUGGAGAAACUGGUGGAGAACCUUCUCACAGCUUUUGGAGAUGCAGAUUUUUCUUACAUCAGCAUCUUCCUUGCAACGUACAGGGCCUUUGCUUCUCCCAGGGCAGUGCUGGAACUUCUUCUGGACAGGUUUGGAAACCUGGAGACCUCAAGCCAUGGAGAAGUAGAGAACCUGAAUUCCUUGGAAUCUGAGAUGGUACUCAGGGCUGAAAUAGCAUCAGUCUUAAGGGCCUGGCUUGAUCAGUGCUCGGAGGAUUUCAGGGAGCCCCCUGACUACAUGUGUUUGCUGAAGUUGCUGGAUUAUCUGAAGAACAAUAUGCCCAAUUCUGACAUGGAGAGUAGGGUGCAGAACCUCUUGAAGCAGUUUCAGAACCAAGAAGUAGAAGCUGUUGAUGGGUUUUGUAGCACUUCCUCCAGUGACCUGGUUGAUGGAGAGGAACUGGAAAUCAGCAAUCCAGAAGAAUUCUCCUCUUUUCAAGACCAUGUUGUGGCAGAACAGUUGACAUACAUGGAUGUGAUGCUCUUCAGAAGAGUUGUGCCCUACCACUGUUUGGGAUCCAUCUGGUCUCAAAGGGAUAAGAAGGAAAACAAGAACCUGGCUCCAACUGUCAGAGCCACCAUCACUCAAUUCAAUGCAGUCACCAAAUGUGUCAUCAGCACUAUCCUGGGGACCAGGGAGCUCAAAAUCCAGCAGAGAGCCAAGAUCAUUGAGAAGUGGAUUCAUAUUGCACAUGAAUGUAGGAUCCUGAAGAACUUUUCCUCCUUGAGGGCCAUAAUUUCAGCGCUGCAGUCCAACUCCAUCUAUCGGCUGAAGACCACCUGGAUGUGUGUUUCAAAGGACAUCCUACUGAUGUAUGAAGAGCUGUCUGAGAUCUUCUCAGACCAUGACAAUUAUCUGACAAGUAGGGAGCUGCUGAUGAAGGAAGCAACAUCCAAAUUUGCAAAUCUGGACAGCAGUGAGAAAGAAAACCAGAAGAAGUCACAGAAGCGACUGCAACUUCAAAAAAACAAGGGAGUGAUGCAAGGCACGGUCCCUUAUCUUGGCACCUUCCUGACUGAUCUCAUCAUGCUGGACACUGCCCUUCAGGACUAUGUUGAGGGUGGCCUGAUCAAUUUUGAGAAGAGAAGAAGGGAGUUUGAAGUCAUUGCCCAAAUCAAGCUCCUGCAAUCUUCAUGCAACAGCUAUUGCCUGAUACCAGACCAAAAAUUCAUCCAGUGGUUCAGGAGGCAGCGACACUUAACGGAGGAGGAGAGUUACAAACUCUCACGUGAGGCUGAAGCAGCUGCUGAUACCAACAUCCUGUCUCCAAAAUCCCAGAAAAGCAUGGUGAAGAGGAUCAGCACACUUUUUCUGGGCACUGAUGUGUUCACCCCACCCAAAGAACAACCCCUGAAGAGCUCUCCUGUAGGAGGGAGCUCCGGGGAAAGCACGGAUUCAGCCAGUGUUUCAUCGUGUGAGUUUAAUCACUCUGAAACUGAGGAUGUGUGCAUGACUCCCGUCUCUAGCCCUGAGGACCCUCUGAAAAAGAUCUCUGGCUACCCCUUAUCCUCCUGCUCUCCUGACUCUUCCAUGAGCACACCUUCCUCAGGGGUGUCAUCUUUACCCUCAUUUCUGCUGGCCUCCAACGACGACAAGAGCUCUGUGGGCUCUGACAAGGGCUAUGACUCCGACAAGGGCUCCGUCAGUUCUGACAAGGGCUCCAGCUCCAGCAAGGGCUCCAUCUUUGAUCCUGGCUCGGGCUCGGACAGCGGCUCCAACCCCACCAGGGACUCGGGCUCAGUGCCAGGCAGUGCCCCCAGGGUGCUGCCCGUGUACAAUCGGCAGAGCGAGGGCUCCUGCAUCAUCCGGGUCAGCAUGGACGGCCUCCAUGACAGCGUCUACAAGAGCAUCCUGAUAACCAACCAAGACAGAAUCCCUGAUGUCACCCAGCGAGCCUUGCUGAAGCACAACCUCGAGCCUGAUGCAGCUGAAGAUUAUGAGCUUGUGCAGGUCAUCUCUGAGGACAAAGAGCUGGUGUUCCCCCGUGAUGCCAACGUGUUCUAUGGCAUGAACAGCCACGUGAACUUCGACUUCGUCCUGCGGAAGAAGGCAGAGCUGCUUGGCUGA